AAUGACGGAGUCGUGCGAGCCGCUCGGGCUAUACCCGGCCAACCCCUGCUCUUCGGCUCCGCCCACUAGCCAAUCACAGACCUGGCUGGGGUUUGAAAAUGCAGGCGCGGAGUUGCUAGGCGGGAGUUUUCGGGGGGGUGGGCGGGGUUCCGUCGGGCAGGGCGGGGCGCUCGAAGGCUGGAGGUCUGUCAAUGGAACUUGGCUUGAGACCCGAAGGGGCGGGGUUUAACGCGAGGCUCCUCCCACGGGCCGGAGAGGCGCUUACUACGAAGUGGCUGCUUGGCGCCGGAGCAGUUUUUAGUGCAUCUUUGAGAGUGCCGGGGCUUCGGACUCGCUGGCUGACCAGCAGAGAUGAAAGCGGGCGUGACCCAUUGUAGAUGUUCCGGGUGCUUCUCUGUCCCUUCGAAGCGAAGGGUGCGGAAGAGACCGAGAGUUCUGACGCUGCUGAGCCUUCCGGAAGAUGUUCUCUUUCAUGUCCUUAAGGGGCUACCUGCCGAAGACAUCCUUUCCCUGCGCACUGUCCACUCUCAUCUAAAGUACCUUGUAGAUAACCAUGCUAGUGUUUGGGCAUGUGCAAGUUUUCAAGAAGCGUGGCCUUCCCCGAGCAACUUGAACAUGUUUGAAAGGGCUGCAGAGAAGGGUAACUUUGAAGCUGCUGUGAAACUGGGAAUAGCUUACCUCUACAAUGAAGGCUUGUCCAUCUCCGACGAGGGCCGGGCCGAAGUGAACGGGCUGAAGGCCUCGCGUUUCUUCAGCCUGACGGAGCGCUUGAACGUCUGCACGGCCCCAUUCGUCUGGCUUUUCAUUCGCCCUCCCUGGUCUCUCAGCGGGAGCUGCUGUAAAGCCGUGGUCUACGAGAGCCUCAAAGCGGAAUGCCAGACGCAGCAAGCUCAGCAAGGAUCGAUUCUGUAUUGCCUGGCGAAGGUCCUACAUCUCUUCGAGGAUGAAGAAAAAAAGAAAGAAGCCAUUGAAAUGUUUGAGACGUCCUCGAAACAAGGCUGCUUGCACAGUGCUUACCUCCUCUGGGAAAACAACAGAAGAGCUGCUAUGUCAGACCCUGGCAGAUACCUCCAGAGUCUCAGGAAACUCAGGGACUAUGCAGCAAAGGGGUCUUGGGAAGCCCAGAUAGCGCUAGCCAAAGCAUGCAGGAAUGGAAAGCAGCUGGGGCUGGAAGCCAAAUCCUCCAGUGAGUUUGUGUCUCAGCUCUUCCAGGCCUCUGUGCCUCUCGGCAAGCAGAACAUCUUCACUGUGCAGAAGGGAAUGAAUGAGACCAUGAGGUACAUUCUGAUUGAUUGGCUGGUGGAAGUGGCCACCAUGAAGGAUUUCUCCAGCCUUUGCCUGCACAUGACGGUGGGUUGCGUAGACCGGUACUUGAAAAUCAGGCCUGUGCCGCGGGCUCGUCUUCAGCUUUUGGGAAUUGCAUGCAUGGUUAUUUGUACACGCUUUAUCAGCAAAGAGAUUUUGACAAUACGGGAAGCGGUUUGGUUGACGGACAACACAUAUAAGUACGAAGAUCUUGUCCGGAUGAUGGGAGAGAUCAUCUCUGCCCUGGAAGGCAAGAUACGGAUCCCCACGAUUGUGGACUACAAAGAAGUGCUACUGAACGUAAUCCCACUGGAGAGAAGAACUGAGCACCUGUACAGCUUCAUCUGCGAACUCUCGCUCCUCAACACGGGCCUCUGCCACUACUCGCCUGGCUGCCUGUCUGCCGCAGCACUCUUACUAGCCAAAGUACUGCAUGGGCAAGCUCAUCCUUGGACAAGCCAGUUAUCUGAAUGCACGGGGUUUUCCCUUGAAGAGCUGAAACUCUGUAUGCUGAAUCUGCACAAGAAGUGCUUCCACGAUGACGUUCCAAAGGAUUAUAGGCAGGUGUCUCUCACCGCUGUGAAGCAACGGUUUGAAGACCGGCGCUAUGAAGAGAUUGGCAAGGAAGAGGUGAUGAGUUACAGCCAGCUUUGUGCGCUGCUAGGAGCAAAGCAGGAAGAUCCAGAGCCCAAUGCUUGGCUUGCGAGCACAGUAGAAACCUUCCUUGCUUCUCCAUCCGGAAAACGAACUAAAAGGAGAAGAGAAGACAGUAUCCAGGAAGACAGAGGCAGCUUCGUCACAACCCCCACCGCUGAGCUGUCCAACCAAGAGGAGAGCCUUCUAGACAACUUCCUAGACUGGAGCUUGGAUUCCUGCUCGGGAUACGAAGGAGAUCAAGAAAGCGAAGGCGAGAAAGAAGGGGACGUUACAGCUCCCAGUGGUGUCCUGGAUGUAGCUGUCGUCUACGUGGACCCUAAAGAUCACUGCUGUCAGGAAUCCAGUGAUGAAGAGUGCCUUGCUAAGGAUGGGUCUGCACACGACCUGAGGAAAAAUGACCCGCCAGGUGGGGUGAAGAGGUGGCUGAUGUGUCACACCCUGCGAGAUUCCACCCUGGAAGCCAGCUCUGGGUAUUCCUCUGUCAACAGCACCAGCCCUCCUUCUGCUACGAAUUGCAACUUUGGCGCAGUUCUCAAAACUACCUCAGCGCGGCUUCGGGGCCCCGCAAAGAACCAAGGCCUACCUCUGCCUCAGGAAGCGGAACCGUGUUUACCUUCUGUCUGCCCUAGGCCCGACAAGAAGAGCGACCGGAGGCGGGUGAAGAGGAAAAACGUGGCUGAGUACAGUGAAGCAGAAAGGAUGAAUUUGGGCUUCAUAAGCCUCUGACAUGCCAUCGUUUUUUCUUGAGUCUGGAAAAACAGGAUGUUCUCACUGAGCCUUGAUUGGGUGCCAUAAAAUGGCUGCCGGGCCAUGUGGCCCCGCUAGCCACUGAUGUUUACUUCAGAACUUCCCUUUAGUUUCUGUCCUCCUUCCCUCCUGUUGCAUCUGGUGGUGGUAUGUUAUCAUCCAAAUCAAGAGCUAGCGAAUCUUACCGUAUCAAAGUACCUGGGGGGAGGGGGGGGAGAAUCCCGACUUCUGCUGCACCCACUCUAUGCAAACAGCAACCUCUUUGCGACUUGUGCCAAAUUAGUGUUCUACCCGAAUCCCUUUUGCAUCUGCCAAGGUGCAGCUCGCCCUCCAUUAGGGAGCCCGGACUUUGCAGCUUGUUAACCUUUGUGUGACUGUCUUUAUGCCUUGCCUCCCUGCUGACUGUGAUCCUUCAAAAUAGCAUCUUCUAGAGUACUGUGCCAAUUAGAAUAUGCAGGGGUGGAAUUCUAGCAGGGGUGUGGCUCCUUUGAAUUUGAGGGUUUGUGGCUCCUUUGCAUACUAGGCCACACAUCCCUGAUGUAGUCAAUCCUCCCAAGAGCUUACAAGGCCCUUUUUUGUAAGCUCUUGGAGGAUUGGCUACAUUGGGGGGGGGUGGCCUAAUAUGCAAAGGAGCUCCUGCUAGAAUUCCACCCCUGAGAAUACCCGAUUUACAGAUGAGUGUCUCUUAAAAAACGAGGCCAGGUGAUCAACUGCUAGCUUUAUUUGGGCUAAUACAAAUGAGUUCUCGCUAAUGGUUUGCUUGAAGCCCUUCUGUGCCUGGCUUUUUCUUCGUUUUCUCUUCUUCGUCCUCUUCAAUGUUCCUCUUCUCUCUCGACACUUGUUCUGAUUUGGUGUGUUCUUGCAUUUUUUAAAAAAAACCCCACAGGUUCUUGGUGCCUGACUUGCUCCAAUGUAAGGCUGUGCUUCUGUAAUGGGACAACACUGCAGGGGGAAGAGAGAAACCGAUGAUGUGAACCUUGAGCAGGACGGGAGGGUAGAAGUACAAACCCAUUUGGGGCAAUUUGUUCCCACCCUUGAUGUCCCAUUGCUCAGUUCCAAGAAUCUAUGGAAUGAAUUGUCCUGUGCAAAAGAGUUGAUUUACACUAAGGGGGCAGUUGGAAUGCCUUAUUUUUACACAUCCAAGCUUGGGAUUUCGUCCACUGGAGUAACCACUUAUUUCCCUUCUGUCUGCACAUGAUUAAAAAAAACAAACUUUGACUGAAUGGCGCUCAAUAGCCACCUUUGGCUUUUGUGAAGGUGUAAGGCAACUUCUGGAACAGUAGCUUCUGUUGUGUCUUUAGGGGCGCAGAAUAAGGCCCCGGUCCCUUCUAUAACUUAUGCCUCUUCAGACUGCAUGCCAAGGUGAAGAAACCUGGGCGAUGUUCAUGACUACAAGAAUUUGAGAAACACUGGACGGUCUCAGUUCUGAAGGUAAUGUCAGUGACAGUUCAUGUUGGCUAGUGACCAUGUUUUUUUUAUUAAAAAAAGAAACCAUGUUUUUAUAAAAA